AUGGCCGCUCCUCGCUCAACCUCCCUCCGUGCUCUGCGUGCCGUCUCGCAGCAUCACACUCCUGCAACGACUCUCCACUGCCGUCGUCGUCUGCACAUCACUGGAGCCUUUUCCGCUCAGCCCGUCGAGGGCACCGACAAGGCCGCUGCCUAUGCUGCUCGCACCCUUGCAGACCUCAAGAAUGAAUGCCAUCGACGAGGACUGAGGACUGGCGGCUCAAAGACUGAGCUCGUCGAUCGUCUCUCCAACAAUGACGUACUAUAUACCCGAGCUUUCAACAUUGCAAAAUCCCGUAUCAACGGCAGUGUUUUCGGAGGACCCGCCGAAACCCGCUCCUUCAACACAUCCCGCGCCAGCAAAUCCGUCAAAGACUCCUCCACCCUUGACUUCGUCUACAUGCCCUCCAUCGCCAGCAUUGAGGCCGAAUUAACUCCGGCCCAACGCAUCCCCAUUCUGGGAAACAUGAGCUUCGACUACAACGCUUCUGACCUCAGUCAGUCCGAAUACCCGCCCAUGAAGCCCCAGAUUCAUGCCAUUGGCGAGACAGGUCCGGAUCUCGCGGCUAGUCCCAUGAGCGAAGUCGUGGACAAUCAUGCCGUAGAUAUUGAUCCAUUCAAACUCACCGAGACAGUCGGAAAGUCGCGUGCCGGCGAGAACGAGAUGAGAGAGAAACGGUUGUUGGCUGGACAGGCAGACAAGGGUGUGAUUGGGGAGUUGUUUGGUGGUAUGAUUGAUGAUAUUUGGGGUAAAGGUUCGAGUACUGUUACUAUCAGUACUAAGUAA